UGCACAAAUGCGCCUAACAAAUAUUGUGGCAAGGUGGCCUGGGUCAACCCAUGAUUCAUAUAUCCUUACAAACAGCAUGGUUGGGAUGAGACUCCAAGCUGGCAGGGUGCGCGAUGGGUGGCUACUUGGAGACAGUGGUUAUCCACUAAAGACGUGGCUGUUAACCCCCCUCACCAACCCACAAACUGACCGAGAGCGCAGAUACAAUGAUGCCCAUUCCCGCACUCGGUCAGUUGUGGAGCGGGCGAUUGGGCAGCUGAAAUGUCGGUGGCGCUGCCUUGACAGGACCGGGGGGAUGCUGUUAUACCGCCCUGACAAGAACAGCAUGCGUCAAGACACGGCCAGAUGGACGGGCUUCAGCACUGGGGGGAACAUUAGAGACACGGGAGACGCUGGACUGAAUGGGCUCUGGCUGCUCAGGUGGUGCAGACUCGGAGUGCGUGCCAGUGGACGUUCCUGCGGUUCCUAAGUCCAAAUAAACACAGGCACAUCUUAACAGUAAUUUCAGUCUGUUCCUUAUUAAUGGGUACACGCAUUUGCAAUAAAAGCAGUGGAUACGUGAAAUCUCUGGUGU